UAUAACGGGAAUCUUCAGACUUCAAAAACAUCAGAUUCCACAUUUCAUUCGAAAAGUGUAGUGAUCCAUCAUGAGAAUUACUCUCGCCUGUCUCAUUGCGAGCAUCUUGCUCAUCAGUGUCGUCGACUUCACCCAGGGAACGAGCAGCUGUGGUUGCCCAGAUCCAACCACAACUAAAUGUCCGACAACCACUAAGUGCACAACAACCAAAUGUCCCACAACAACCCCAUGCAAAACAACAACCACUUGCAGGACAACUAAAUGUCCCACAACCACUCGCAGGACAACGACAACUAAAUGUCCCACAACCACUCGCAGGACAACGACAACUAAAUGUCCCACGACCACUCGCAGGACAACGACAACUACUCGCAAGGUAAAGACAACCACUCGCAGGACAACCAAGGCCCCAGCAACAACCACGCGCAGGACAACUCAGAGAACUACGUCUAAGAGACCGAGCAAGACAACAUGUAGACCAUCACGCAGGCCGACUCGUAAUCCUUCACGUAAACCUUCACGUAAGCCAUCCCGUAAGCCAUCCCGUAAGCCAUCACGUAAGCCAUCACGCAAGCCAUCACGCAAGCCAUCACGCAAGCCAUCCCGCAAGCCUGGAAAGCCAUCUCGCAGACCUGGAAAGCCUGGCAAGCCAUGCCGUCAAUGCGGUCCCGGUGGUAAGGCCUGCCCCGGUUGCCCAGAGCAAGGACCACUGUGCAAGGAUCUAUUGGCUAAAAUAUCAGCCCUUGAGAAGCUGAUCAGAGCCUGCGUCUGCGGUCAGAACCGAAACCUCUUGUAAGGCGUGACCUAUCCAUAAAAUCCACAUCAUGAAUACGGAGACCUCUCUCGACUUGUUGA